CGUAACGUGUCCCCUGUGCGCCGCGACAAAAGGGCACCUUCACCACUGAUAAACAGUUUAUUGUUCCCAGAGAAAAUAAUCACUCAUUAUUUAUUAACAAAAGAGGAGUUACGCCGGAGGGAAUCAAUGCACGAGACUUCACUCGGCGAUUUUAUCGAACGCUAGGGGAUUAAAUCGGAGGUGAAGUCGAGGAAUUUUGGCGCUAUGGGUCUGCGUACACUGCUGUGGCUAUGUAUCGCAGUCAGUCUGAGAUCGGCCGAUUGUGCAAAGGAAUCGGAAGACGCCGAGCGUGCGAGAUUACCGGAGCUCCUGACCGAGCUUGACCUUGCGAGUCUCGAGGCCUCGGAGGAGGACAUAGAUGCCCUGAAGAAGGUGGUAAAGCGCCUGGCCCCGGCGAAAAACGGCGAGUACCAAGUAUUCCAAGUAUUCUUCGGUAACGAGGAGCUCCUGAAGGAGUGGCUGUCUGGAGCGGGCUUGGGCCAGCCGGGCGUUGACUUUCCGAUGCUGACGACAAUUCCGGCAACAGAAUUCAGCUGUCGAGGGCUCAAAGGCGGUUACUACGCCGACUUGGAAACAAACUGUCAGGUCUUCCACAUCUGCGACAACGGCAGGAAGAUCUCGUUCCUCUGCCCCAACGGCACCAUCUUCCAGCAGUCCCAGCUGAUCUGCGACUGGUGGUUCAAAGUCGACUGCAGCAAGUCAACAGAGCUCUACGAACAGAGUGCCGAGCAACUCGCCCAAGAAGAGCGCAAACGUGCCGACUUGAAACGCGUGAAUUCCGAGUUCCACCGAUCCGACAACAACUACCAGAACUCAAACUACGACGGUAAACAGAACGCCAGAACAAAUCCCUACGGCCCGACGAAGAACCAACUGGACCAGCGGUCGAGCGAUCUCAAGUCCCGGGCCUUCGAUCCGAGUCAGAUCUACAAUCAAAACCGCGGAAGCCAGUUCUCCCAGAUAAACGAUCUCGCCUCGAAUUCCGGCUUCGCCACAUCACAGGAGCCCACCGUGAAGAAUCGCGAGAACACCCCCCGCACCACAAAUUACCAAAACAUCGAGAGACAGCAGAAUCAGCUGAUCGAGGAGCGCAGCGGGAAGCAGUUCUACGAUCAGAGAGGCUCCAACAAAUACUCAUCCCAAGUAGACAAUUAUCACACAACCUCUGGAGCCCGAGAUAAUCCUCGUAGUGCAAAAGCUCGCCCCCUCCCCCGCGACGAGGAGGGCAUCACAAAUCGUGCAACGCCAGCUUACACGGAAACCACAACAUUCCGAACGAGUACACCAGCCCCAAUAAGGGAGUAUCAGCAGCCAGCGGAGAGUGCAGCGUUCGCAUCAUCCCGGGGAAAUCGAUAUAAUAAGCCAUACAACUCUAAUCAGUACAACAGUUAUUACAACCCAGCGACCAACGCUCCGCCCUCCCGAAGGCCCACACAAUCACCAAUAACGCCGAAGCCCCGUCAAGAGACACCCCAGAGUAUCCUAAAGCCAAAAGGAAAGAUCGCCGACUACCCCUAUCCAACAUUCGCCCCGAUCUAUCGUCCACGAACCACAACGUAUGACUCAACAACUCCGACUACCACCCCACCUUACACCAACACAUACUACAAUCGAGAUCGCACAACCAAUUGGGAGACAACGACAAAUUUAUACACAACCGGUCAGGAUUACCGCACAACCACUGAAACAGUCUACCCGGAUGACAUCACAGGGACAUAUCAGGGCGCUCGAGUGACAUCAACUGACUACACCGCAACCACACCAAAUCCACCGACGACCUACACCAACUCCGAGACGUACGAUAACAGCGUUGAUACCCGAGAUUAUCCACGUACUACUUACAAAACUAGAGCAUCACCGAGUAACCAGAGAUAUUCAACUGGUAGUUCAUCCAGUGGCACUGCCAUUACCAAGUCAGCUAUCAACGAUGUCACGGUGGAUCAGAAUUCACUGAGCACUCGUACCCAGGAUGAUAAACUUGCACGAACUAAGACACCCUGGAAGGGUGUGCCACGAACUUCCCAGAACUAUCGGCAAAAUGGUGUAAGUCCGUCCACGGAGAAGUCUCGUACAGCUCAACUUUCGCAGCAGUCUCAAACUUCAAAAACUCCUCCCCCCUACGACACCAGUAUAACUUAUCAAAAUGGCAAGGUCAUGUCGACAUUAGGGCCCUAUGUGCCAUUCACCAAGAAUUAUGCAUACACAACAACGAGUACUACGACAACUCAACGGCCGCCAGUUUACACAGCCACUGUGCCAACAUAUAGCUCGCCAUCCUCUCAGUAUCGAUCCAGUGGUAAAGCUGGAAGAAUACAGUACCCUACGUCAGUCAACCGUGUGCGCGGCAGUUCGACAUACCUGCCUGACGCCAAUUCAACCGUUAAACGCCCGUCGGAUUCUAAAUCUCUGAUAGAACAUGAGCAUGCAUUCAAUAUGCUGGAAUCACUGAGAGGUCUGGAGGGCACAAUGCCGACUAUUAUUGGAAAUACUAGCAGAAGUGGAUUGACUAUUCCCCAUUCUUCGAGCCCGGCAACACUGCAUUCUCUCGCCUUGUACUUUGCAACAGCUAGUGACGAGUUUGGUGGCUCUGACAAGCACGAGGAUGAUUCCUCCGAGAGGCUUCAGACUCCACCAAAGCUCAACGAGACCUCGAAUGUUGACCUUCCGACGUCGAUUCUAACUGAACACACGAUAAACUCCUACGCGGAGCUGUUCAAUCUCAACAACGCCCUUGAGACAAGCCCAAACAGCACGGAAUCAGAGCAACAGAGUGGGGAGAUUGACUCCAGCGAUGAUCUCGACCUCCAGCAGAGCGAGGGUCCCGUGACGAGCUCGAAGAAAUCAAACAGCACGAAACUUCGGGAACUCGCCCAGGUCUUCACACAUGCCUUGUCGGCGUACCUCCAGGACCCCGCGACCUUCAAGAAGAUCCUCGCUGAGAUCAGACCGACCGAGCCACCGGCGGUCGACAGUGACGAAAGCUUCUCCACGACGACCUACAUCCCCGCAACCUCCGAGGAGUACCCGUCCGUCACAAAGGAGAAGGACGAGGUCCUGGACUUCUCCGAAGACGUCACAGCACCGAGACGACCAAUUCUCCAAACCACCACGGAAAUACCAACGACCACCGACGACGCGGCCUUCGGUUACUACACAACAUCCGUAACCUCCGAGUCUCAAUACUCAAGCACCCCUCCCCCCGAUAGCCAGGACUAUUUAAAUCCCACAAAUGACUUCGCCUCGGCUGUGAACCACGCCUUCGACUCAGCCAACGGAAUCCAGGGUUUCUCAGGCCCCAGCGGACCCACCUCCAACGACGCUCUCAACGAUUACGAGAAUUACUUUCCGGAUAGCAAUCGAGUGGGUGACAUUCAACGAAACUCCACCUACGAGCCCUACGGCAAGUACGUUAAGCCGGUGAAUUCAGUGCCAAUUGGCGAUAAUUACGUUUCCUCAUCGACCCCAGCUACGUACGAGCAGACAUUACCGCCGGAAAAUCCUGGCGAUGGUAACGUAAUAACGUCUAAUCGUAAUUACCAAAGUUCCGGGGAGAAUUUCGACGAGCAGACGGAAUCACCAGAGGUAACGACAACAGUUGAGCCAUUUAGAAUCCGUUAUUACGAUACAACGACGAUACGAUCAGAGGAUAGUAACGAGGAGUCGCUGGUUACAGCCAACAGCAUCUACUCGAGUUACAACAAUUACAAUCGUCUUAACAGCGCUCCUAAUGACGUUGGUCGACCGAAUGCCGAGUCAUCUCAGGUGGCUUCUGAUAAAGACGACAGUCUGAACAAUCACUGGACGUCAUCACCUACGGUGACACAAUUGUGGGAGAGCACAGUCUUCGUGGAUCCGAAACGUAUAAAUCAGGGAUUGACGUCGGAGGGUGUCAGUCAAACGUCGAGUGUCGAAAGCUUCGGUAAUGAUCCCUCCGCCACAACGCAUUCGUCAGUGCCAGAAGCGUCUGAGCUUUUGGUGACGGAUGCAUCGGGCGGUGUGACCCCGAGGAAUGGCAACAGAGGGUCGAGUCCAUCGACAACUUGGCAAUGGAGUAACACUGAUAACGACGCACCAACGGCAUUUAGUCUACUGCCGACGGUUUAUUCGACUGAGCACACAGCAACGCCUGCGCCAAUUUACACGACCAGAUCUAGUAUAACGACGACGAUAACAUCGUCGGUUAUUUCGACGAGUUCGUUGCCCCAGCCGGUGUUUCCGGCGAAAACUAGGUUGAAGAAUAAUAUUGGGAAUGCUACGGAGAACGAGAUUGUCAGGGCCAAGCAGAUGUUCGGGGGCCUUAACGACACGAGUUCAGAUGUUUUGAUGAGGGUGAUGAAGACUGCCGAUCAGAAUGCAACGGUCAGACAGCUCGUUCUGCUGUUGAUCAGCCACUGCACUGGGCCCUUGAAUAAAACCAGAGAGGAGGAGAAGGAGCAGUUGCUCAAUGCUCUCCUCAGCAUGCCGGUUGAUCAGUUCACUUCGGAGGAGUCGCGGGGGCUUGUGGACGAUCUCACCAGGCUCAACAUUCCUGAUGAUCUCGAAGCCAGGAGCACCACUGCCAUUGUCACGUCGACUGAGCCCAUUGUCACGACCUUCAAGAGCAAAAAGUCGAGGAGAAUCAAGUCCAAUGUGGAUGAAGCUUCCCUGGGGAGCAGAGGGAGUGGCGGCGAGUCCGAGGGGGGCGAGGAGACUUCCGCGUCUGACGGAAGGGCUCUUGAACUACUGAGGUCACUCUACACUGUCGCUGCUAAGUGGGGUUGAAUACUUCGGGGACAGCCGGAUUUGCUCACGAUUACAUUCUUCGUCUGGAGGAAUUUUUACGAUGUCGGUGGUUCAAAGCAGCAUUCAUCCUGGUGGCGAGGGUUGUGGCCAGCAUCAUCAAUGUUACUAUUAUUAGGUUUUUAGGUUUUUUAGGGAUUGAGUGCGUGAGGGUUCGGGAAUUUGGGAUCAAAUUGUUGGUUAUGAAUGGUAAUUAGGUAGUUGUGGAUUUUGAUGCGAGAGGUUCACGGUGUCUUUCUUGAGUUGUAACUGAAGUGUGCGAGCAGCUUGCUAGGUAAUUGGGGUAAAUUCAAUGGGCAUCUUUUUAUGAGUUACGGUUUCUAGGUAGGAGGUGUACUUAAUUCCCUCGGCUCACGGUUUCUGAGGCUGUUGAGGGCUCGUAUGGUGGGGUUCGAGGGGAGACGGAGGUGGGGAGAUUCGUCAGUGUUGGAGGAUGAACUUUUCCGCGAGGAACCUCAGCUUUUAGAGGAUUUCGAGAUUUCCGGGGUUUAUCCAUUAUUUGUCGAGCUCCGGCUUGAUGAUUUUAUGUAAAAUAUGUUUGUACAGAGUGUGAAUAAAUAAAUAUGGGUUUUGUUAAUAAA